AUGGGUAUUCCAGAAGACGGCAAACAGCUGACCGCCAUUGGGGUCGCUACCUCAGACUCCUCUGUCAGUAGACGAGAUCUGGAGUUCAGGAUACCACCAGCCAAGAGAACGUUGGGGAAACGCAUUCUUGCCGUCAUAUGGGAUUCUCUCGAUAAGUCUCCUCAAGAGAGAGCUCUCAUUGCGAAAUUCGACUGGUUUAUUUUGAGCUAUGUUUGUAUUGCCUACUUUGUCAAGUAUCUCGAUCAAACCAAUGUCUCAAAUGCAUAUGUUUCUGGCAUGAAAGAGGAUCUCGAUCUGAAAGGAAAUGAUUUGAACCUUCUCACGACGUAUUGGACUGUUGGGUACAUCCUUGGCCAAUUUCCUUCGCAGAUGAUGAUGACCAAGAUUCGACCCUCGAUCUGGCUCCCAGCAAUGGAAAUCGUCUGGUCGAUUUUGACAAUCUGCGUUGCUGGUGCAAAGAACGUUAACACUGUCUAUGCUCUUCGCUUCUUCAUUGGUCUCUUUGAAGCCUCAUCCUACGCAGGAAUCAUGACAUUACUCGGAAAUUGGUAUCAACCAGCUGAAUUAGGAAAACGAGCUUGCAUCUUUCAAGCAUCUUCCAGUGCAGCUCAAAUGUUCUCGGGUUACCUCCAAGCCGCUCUGUAUAGCGGAAUGAAUGGAAAAGUUGGUCUCCCAGCUUGGAAAUGGCUUUUCGUCUUCGACGGCAUCAUCGGCAUUCCAAUCGCACUUUAUGGAUUCUGGGCGAUUCCAGACGCCCCUUCGACAUCACGCAGCAGAUAG